AUUUGUCUUAUAUAUUCCACCACUCGGGUUUUCCUCACCGAUCGCGCCGUCCAUGGAGGUCGAGGUGAAGCUCAGGAUCCCCGACGCCGAUUCCCACCAGCGGCUCGCCUCCCUCCUCUCCCCCUUCCACCUCCAAACCCACCUCCAGGAGAAUGUCUUCUUCGACGGAGCCCGCGGAGAGCUCUCCUCUUCCCGCUCCGUCCUUCGCCUCAGGUUCUAUAACGCUGAUUCCCGCUGCGUCGUCUCUCUCAAGGGGAAGGCUGUCAUUGUCGACGGCGUCAGUAGGGUGGAGGAGGUCGAGGAGGAUUUCGACGUCUCCCUUGGCCGGGCGUGCGUGGCCGAGCCCUGGCGCCUGGCUGCCGUCGACUCCGGGCUUGUCAAGAGGGUCGUGGAUGAGUUCCGAGUCGAGGGCUUCGUCUGUCUCGGCGGGUUCAGGAACGUGAGGGCGGUGCAUGCGUGGCAGGGGUUGACGUUGGAGCUGGACGAGACGCAGUUCGAUUUCGGGACUAGUUAUGAGAUCGAGUGCGAGAGCGACGAUCCUGAGUCGGCGAAGCGUCUGUUGGAGGGCUUCCUGAAGGAGAAUCGUAUUCCUUAUUCGUUCUCUGCAGUGUCGAAAUUUGCGGUUUUUCGGUCUGGGAAAUUGCCAGACUGAGGAAUUCAGCAUCCGCGCUUGCAUCUUCAGAAAUGGGGUUUACUUCUAUCGUUACUCUUGACUAAAUAGCGAUUGGAUUAAGUUCAUAUAAACGAGAUCCUUGAGAUUGUGGAUUAUCGCGAUUCAUUUCUGAUUCAUGGUGGUCAAUGUUUCAUGGAAUUGGUUUUGUUUUCUGCUGUCUUUCAUGGCACAGAUGAAGUGAAAAUUUUUCUUAUAGUUUUGCA